UUGGGCUCCGGGACCGCCCACUGCAGGCGGGGCCCGGACACAGCGAUGGCGGCGGAGGCGGCACCUCAACUGAAGUCUCAGGCUGUGCACGUGCCGCCCUCAGACCAUUCAAGCCUUUAGGUAUGGAAGACCCCCAACUCUGCCACUUACCAUCUGGCAUUUGCGACUUCCAGCAAGUUAUAUAUCCACCGAGUUUCUUCAUUUGUGAAAUGGAAAAACAAAAACAAAAAACAAUCCAUGACUGCUUACUCCUCAGAGUUGGAAGAACUGAGUGAGAGUGUUUGUUACGCAGAGCAAAACAAAUUGGAAAGCAUGCAGGAAAGGGGCAGCCAAAGAGAACAAGAACUACCAAAGAAGACAAAUAAAAGGACCCAGCUCGGCGUGCUUCCCCAGUGCCUGCCCUUCCCCAAGCAGGGGACUCAGGAGACCACGCAGCGGCAGCCAUGCCUCGGACGGUCAGGCCCCAGGUGGCUGCAGAGUCUGAGCUCCUGUCCGUGGACUAUACUCAGAAGAAGUGGAAAGGGCCGGCGCUCAGCCAGAGAGCCCCGUACCGGAAGAACGCCAUGCCGGAAAACUACCGCAGCCUGGCCUCCCUGGCAAGUGAGAAAAGGAUGGAGAGUUCAGAGUUGCCUCCAAAGCAGGCGAUUUCUAAAGGAUCAGAGUCACCUGAUAGGACCUCAGGAGGACUGUAUGGAGUACUUCCUGGAGGACCAGGAGCUGGAGAUGCCUGUGAAGAGGCUUUAGAGAAGUUAGGAGCACAACCCUCUGAUGAAGAAGGGAGCAGACCGGAAAGUGGUUUCUUGGAAAUAAUACAGGAGGGUAAAAAGAAAUCUGCAAAAGAUGGAUGUGAUGAAUGUAAAGAUCUUGGGGAACAUCCAGAUCUGUCCUCCAGUCCUGCAGAAGAUCAAGAAGUUCUAAAGGGACAGAAAUUCUAUCGAUGUGAUGAAUGUGGCAAAGCUUUUAAUUGGAGUUCACACCUCAUCGGGCAUCAGAGAAUCCACACUGGAGAGAAACCCUAUGAGUGUAAUGAGUGUGGUAAGACCUUCAGGCAGACCUCUCAGCUCAUAGUUCAUCUGAGAAUCCACACAGGGGAAAAGCCCUAUGAAUGUAGUGAUUGUGGAAAGACCUAUCGCCACAGCUCCCAUCUCAUUCAGCAUCAGAGACUCCACACUGGGGAGAAACCAUAUAAAUGUAACGACUGUGGAAAAGCUUUCAAUGAGAGUUCUAAACUCUUUGACCAUCAAAGAACCCAUACUGGGGAGAAACCAUAUGGAUGCAAUGAGUGUGGAGCAGUCUUUAGUCGGAAUAAAAGCCUUGUCCGACAUCAGGUACUUCACACUGGUGAGAAACCUUUCAAGUGUAAUGAGUGUGGGAAAGCUUUCUGUUCUAACAGAAAUCUUACUGACCAUCAGAGAAUCCACACUGGGGAGAAGCCUUAUGAGUGUAAUGAAUGUGGCAAGGCCUUUAGUCGGAGUAAAUGUCUUAUUCGACAUCAGAGCCUCCACACUGGGGAAAAACCAUACAAAUGCAGUGAGUGUGGGAAAGCCUUCAAUCAGAUCUCUCAACUUGCUGACCAUGAGCGAAUUCAUACUGGAGAAAAACCUUUUGAAUGUAAUGAGUGUGGUAAGGCAUUCAGUCUGAGUAAAUGUCUCAUUCGACAUCAGAGACUUCACACUGGUGAAAAGCCUUAUAAAUGCAAUGAGUGUGGAAAGUCCUUCAAUCAAAACUCAUACCUCAUUAUACACCAGAGAAUUCACACUGGUGAGAAACCUUAUGAAUGUAAUGAGUGUGGGAAGGUCUUCAGUCAUAAUUCUAGCCUUAUGGUACAUCAGAGAACCCAUACUGGAGAGAAACCCUAUAAAUGCAAAGAUUGUGGCAAAGCCUUUCGUGACAGCUCACAACUCACUGUGCAUCAGAGAGUUCACACUGGAGAGAAACCCUAUGAGUGUAUUGAGUGUGGGAAAGCCUUCAGUCAGCGUUCCACUUUCAAUCACCACCAGCGAAUUCACACUGGAGAGAAGCACUCAGGUCUGGCUCGGUCCAUUUCUUAAGGUGUGAUUCUCCAUGCAGCAAGGAACUUUAGUUAAGGUUCUAUAUAAGAAGCAUGCUCACCUUGGUCUUCUCUUGCAAAUGCUAAUCAAAGUGGUCUGUCCCUAAAUACUUCCUGCUAGGUCAUGAAGGUGGGAGAGUGGGAGUAGCAGUGCAGUCCUGCCCCCCCAUAGGGGAAGUUAGGAACUACACAUAUCAUCUGCUUGUAGGUUUCUUUCUUUCUUUCUUUAAACUGUUUAAAAAUCUAUCUCAUUUCUCAGUUUUGUGUCCCAUAUUAGAAUAUGUACUUCUCAAGGACAGAGAGAUUUCCUUACUCUAUUCCACCUCCUCCAUUUUACCAUUGACAUAAAGUCAUUCUCCAACACUGUGAUUCAUUCUUUUCUGCUUCUUGGGUGUGGCCCAUUUGAACCUAUUCUAAUCUAGACCCUUAACACUUGUGUUCUCUACAUAUAGAACCUUUUCUUCCAUUUUGCUAAUCUAUGUCUUGAACCUUUAAGAUCCAGACCAUGUCUGAAAGACUUUCAUCUUGAAAUGUUUCUUUUUUCCAAAAUGCUCCUUUAAAUGCUCCUAACCUCUGUUUAUUUGACCUCAGUGCUUUUAAUUAGCCUGUGCUAUAAUUUGCAAUUAUUAGGAAAUUGCCUUGUCAAUUCACAACGUAAUACAUAUGCGUGUGCUUUCAUACUAACAGUGUAGGGUUUGAGAUUGGGUAUGGUAUCUAUUUCUUUUAGCAUAUAGAUAAUCCUUUGCAUAUGUUAGUCGUUAAAUAACUUUUAAAAACUUACCUCUCCAACUGAACCAUGCUUAAAGUGGGCAUAAACCCUUCUACCACCAGACCUAAAACUUCCAAAGACAGGUAUCAUUGGAUAUCACAUACAAAGGCCUCAUUCGUAUCUUCUACAUGUGUCCUUGAGAGUCUUAACCAUUAUUACUUCAGCCUCCAAGAGAUAAUGGAUUUGUGUUUGAGCAUGUGCAAGUGUGUGUGUGCGUAUCUAGGUAUUGGGGGCGGCAGUCAUGUUCCACUGAUAAGUACUUUGCCCUGAACGCUGACUCUGGUUCUGAUCUAGCUUUCUCCACCCUGCUGCCUAACUAAACAAGUUAAGAACAGCAUCACAAUUUACUGCAGAGACGACUGGACUUUCAUGGCUGUGGGAUCAUUCUUGUGUGAUUGGAAUCAACAGUAAUGAAGUUUGU